AUAAAAGACAAAGUUUCCGUGAGUAUCGGCAUCAAUACCUCUUCGUCUUUCCAGACUAUCAACAUCAAAGAAACAAAUCACCAUGUUCAAAUUCAUUGUGCUUUCUGCUGUCUUGGCACUGACCGUAGCCGAACACCUACAACACUACAUCUCCGCAGAAGGUGGAGCGGAAAUAAAGAGUUACGUCAGCGAUGCUCACCCGGACGGAUCUUAUCAAUACGGUUACGAAACAUCUAACGGAAUAUCUGUUCAUGAACAAGGUGCUGGCUCCCACCAAGCCAGCGGAGGGUUCUCUUACACAUCACCGGAAGGACAUCCCAUCCAAGUUAAAUAUAUUGCCGAUGAGCAUGGAUUCCAUGCUGAAGGCGCCCACUUGCCAGUCCCACCACCAAUUCCAGACUACAUCCUGAAAUCUUUGGAAUGGAAUGCAGCCCAUCCAGAGGAAGAACACGAAUAUGCCGCCGGACCACAUGCUGCAGGCCCUCAUGGUCUAUUUAAACACUAAAACGACGUUUCCUCUAGUAUUUUAGGACAAAGGUUAUUGUGAUUUUUUUCUAGUUUUUUAAGAAUUUUGUUUUAAAUAAACUUUUGAAUUGAU